CCUUCAACGACGCUGUUGUGGCGCGCAGGAGAACGCAGGCGCCAUUACGCGCGGAAGGCAGAACUUGGCCAAGUUGAGGGUGUCCCGCCGACCUGUGGCCCCUAGGUUGGGCGCGGACUGUGAGGCGUUGCAGUCAAGAUGUUGCGCGUGGUGAGCUGGAACGUCAAUGGGAUCCGGAGCCCCCUGCAAGGGAUGCUAUACGAGGAGCCCAGCAACUAUGCCGCCAUGGUCGUGGGGCGCAUUUUGGACAAGCUGGACGCCGACAUCGUGUGUUUUCAGGAGACGAAAGUGACCAGGGAUGUGCUGACAGAGCCCCUGGCUAUCACUGAGGGCUAUAACUCCUAUUUCAGCUUCAGCCGCAGCCGCAGUGGCUAUUCUGGUGUAGCCACCUUCUGUAAGAACAGCGCUACCCCUGUGGCUGCUGAAGAAGGCCUCAGUGGCCUACUUGCCACUCAGAAGGGGGACGUGGGUUGCUAUGGAAACAUGGAUGAAUUCACCCAGGAGGAGCUUCGGGCUCUGGAUAGUGAGGGCCGGGCCCUUCUCACACAGCACAAAAUCCGCACAUGGGAAGGGAAAGAGAAGAUCUUGACCCUAAUCAACGUGUACUGCCCCCACGCGGACCCUGGGAAACCUGAGCGGCUGGCAUUUAAGAUGCGCUUCUAUAGCUUGCUGAAGAUCCGAGCAGAAGCCCUCCUGGCAGCUGGCAGCCAUGUGAUCAUUCUGGGUGACCUGAAUACAGCCCACCGCCCCAUUGACCACUGGGAUGCAGUCAACCUGGAAUGCUUUGAAGAGGACCCAGGGCGCAAGUGGAUGGACGGCUUGCUCAGUAGCCUGGGAUGCCAGACUGGGUCUCAUGUGGGGCCCUUCAUUGAUAGCUACCGCUGCUUCCAGCCAAAGCAGGAGGGGGCAUUCACCUGCUGGUCAGCAGUCAGUGGUGCCCGGCAUUUGAAUUAUGGCUCCCGGCUUGACUAUGUGCUGGGGGACCGGACCCUGGUAAUAGACACUUUCCAGGACUCCUUCCUACUGCCUGAGGUGAUGGGUUCUGACCAUUGCCCUGUGGGUGCAGUCUUGAGUGUGUCCUCUGUGCCAGCAAAAGAGUGCCCACCUCUGUGUACCCGCUUCCUCCCUGAGUUUGCAGGCACCCAGCUCAAGAUCCGUCGCUUCCUAGUUCGUCUCAAAGAUCCUGUGUUCAGGCAUUCAGCACUGAAACUCAACAAUAAAACCCAGGUACAGAUGCACCAAAACAAAGCCCGUGUGCGCUCAACCAGGCCUCGGCCAAGUCAAGCUGGCUCCAGCAGAGGCCAAAAAAACCUGACAAGCUACUUCCAGCCAUCUUCCAGCCAUCCCCAAGCUUCUCCUAACUUGGAACUUCCUAGUGUGGGUGCCCUCGUGACCCCAAAGACGUCAGAAAAGGAGGUGAUGGCCAAAGUGGUAGAGGGGCAGGCCAGUGCUUCAGAGGCCAAGGAUGAGAAGGAGAUACGGACCUCUUUUUGGAAGUCUGUACUAGGGGGGCCCUUGUCCAUGCCCCUCUGUAGGGGCCACAGGGAGCCAUGUGUGAGGCGAACUGUGAAGAAGCCAGGACCCAACCUGGGCCGCCACUUCUAUAUCUGUGCCAGGCCCCAGGGUCCUCCCACUGACCCUUCCUCCCGCUGCAACUUCUUUCUCUGGAGCAGGCCCAGCUGAAUCAACCCAGGCCUAGGGAUAUCUAUCAUGGUUAACCCUGUACAUACUCAGGCCAGCCCCCUCCUAGGCUACCUCUUCCUCCCCCAAGUCCUCCUCCUCUUCUUCCACUUUCCUCAAGGACCCUUCCCUUUCCUCUUUCUCUUCCUCUUCCUUCUUUAAGGCCUCUCUUACUCUUUCUUCUUCCUGCCUAGCUCCUCCUCAUUGGUGAGCUACUUGUUUGUGCCCUAUUGCUGUGACCGAAUUCCCCAAUGUGCUUCCCACCUUCUUGUCAGAAGUAUAUAGGAACCAAUUGCCGCAGAAAGUUGGUUUUAAACCCCUUUAUUCCUUGCUGACAAAUAUAUCUGUGCCUAAAUAAAGUCUGUUUUUAUUUUAGCAUACCAUGUCAUGUACACAAUUUGGAUAUGCUCCAUGAAGUUGAGUUAGAGACAUUAUCUCAACACUGGAUUUCCCAGCGGCCUGUAGCCUGAUGAUACAACUCCUAGAGAGAGGGGAGGAAGGAAGAGUGGUAUUCACUAUAAAGGUGCUCUGUUGAGUUGUAGGGGUUCCUUGCACUGCUGAUGUUGGAUCAGCAAGGGAGGUGGGUGUGGUGUGUUAGAAAGCUCAGGUGGAUUGUGUAGCCUUAAACUGGCACUUCCCAACUGGUGUGUUCCACAGCUGCCACAAAUGUAUUAUAGGGUGGAAAGAAAUGGCCUUAGAGUUUCCAAGCAGGGCACAAAUGUCAGGAGAGAUUGCCUCCUAAGCAAGUGGUGUCAUUAGUUCACCCAGGAGUGCCAUGCAAAUGUUUUCUGUGUGCUAUGGCCUGGAAAGAUUGGGAGCAUUGCCUUGAAAAAGUUGCUUGCUAUAGCCAACUCUCUUUCCCACCUUGGAAAAUAGAGCUGGUAAGUCCUGUUCUACAAUAGAGCUGGUCUACAAUAGACAUAGACAAUAGAGCUAGUCCUGUUCUACAAUAGAGCUGGUAAGUCCUGUUUCCUUCCACUUUUCCAUAGUGGAAAAGAAAGAGGACAUCCAUUCUAUUUGUAUCAAGUAACUAAAAAGUUGCUUGCUAUAGCCAAGUCUCUUUCCCACCUUGGAAAAUAGAGCUGGUAAGUCCUGUUCUACAAUAGAGCUGGUCUACAAUAGACAUAGGACAAUAGAGCUAGUUCUGUUCUACAAUAGAGCUGGUAAGUCCUGUUUCCUUCCACUUUUCCAUAGUGGAAAAGAAAGAGGACAUCCAUUCUAUCUGCUGGAUAAUACCUCCAAAGUUUUGGGGAACUAUUCCUCUCUUCCAGAUAGUUCAGUUAGGGCUGAUUCUAUCUCCUGACUUCAGGGGCUACAUGGGCCUAUUGUGUCCAGGUCUACCAUUAAUGAGUCAGUCAGUCCCUGGAUUUUCCUCAUGGCGCUGCCACUCAUCUGAAGGAGUCAGAUAUGCAGUUUUCUGUCUAAUAAAGGGCUACAAAUGCUGCAGUUUGUUAUUUGUUUAUUUUUAGACUGAAGUCAGCUAGAGGCACACAAUAAAGCAGAGGAUAGGAGGAGGCUCAGUCCGAAGUGAAGUGCAGAUGGGGUGGAGCUUUCAGGCAGCUGG